AGUCAGUAUAACAUGUUAAUAGUAGGCUAUGGCAUAUAAAAUACGAUGUAAUUUGAAAUGUAGUAAUAUAGUACGGCAUUAUAGCAUAGAAUAUAAAAUAUAAUAUAAUUUAUAAUAAAUAUAGUAUCAUAUAUGAUAAAAUAUAAUGAAUAUUAUGUUUUAAAUGUUAUAUCACAUUUCUACUUUACUUCUGGAGGAAGUAAAAAUACUACACUGAAAAUACUAAAUAAAACUCAUACUUUACAAAUGUUACUUAAGUAAAAGUAUGUAAGUAUUAUUAUUGGAAAAAUAUACUCAAGUAAAACUACAAAGAAAAAAAAAACAGCCCCUGUGAGUGUUAUGGUGUUAAAUAAAAUAUUGGAUUGAAUAAGUGUAAAUUGCAUUUCAUUGUUGUAGUUGGUUGAGGUGCUCAUUUUAAAGUUUUAUAUACUAUUAUCAGGUUAUUUAAUCUCUUAAAGAAUGUACUGUCAUUUAUGAGAUUAUAAUGUGUUAUGCGUAUAAAAUCUUAAUCUGAAAAAUAACAAUAACUAAAGUCAAAUAAAUGUAGUGGUGGUAAAAGUACCAUAUCUUCCUCUAAAUCUAGUGGAGUAUAAAGUUGCAUGAAAUGUGGAAAUACUGGAAUACUGGAAGUUAAGUACAAGUAUACUUAAAUUUGUAUUCAAGUAUACAGUACUCUAUUCAACAGUAUGGUGGUUAGUCAUAGGGCUAUUCCGCUGCAUAAUGAGUACUUAUAUUUAACACAUUACAUACACUUUUCUGAUUAUAUUGUCAACUUUUACUUGGGAAAAACUUUGAAUGCAGAACUUUUAUGAGUAAUGGAGUAUUUUUAUAUUGUGGUAUUACUUGAGUAAAGUAUCUAAAUACUUUUCCCCCGUUACUGCUAAGAAGAUUCAGAGGGCACAGCAAAAUAAAGACUUCUCUCGCUGCUCUGCUUACUGAGGUGAAUAGAGAGGUUGUUCGAACAUGCUUCACUUUCCCCAUUUUUUCUGCCUCAUCUAAUACAUUUAAAUACUCUUAUAUACAUAUAUAGGCUAAGAAGUAAUAAAACAGAUUAGAAUCAUUUGUCAUGGAUCUAAGGUAGAACCAAAAAGCAGACUCUAGAUAGGCAGGUGGGUGGAAAAUAAGUUUUUAAUUUAGAAGACCAAAAGAAAGGGGAACUGGUGGCUGGCUGAAGUUUGGGUUAGGGCGAGGGAAGGUUUGCAGAAAAGCAAGAUCCUGGGAAUGAGAGCUGGCAGCUGGCUUAGAAAAACUGGUGUGGAGAUCUGGAAGACAGGUGAUCCUGGAGACAGAGGGAGGUGUAAGUAACUCUGGCAGAUUGACAGGCAAGCAAACAAACGAGCCAGUAUAAACUGGCUAACUAGACUGUUCACUGAACUGAGGCACAUAAACAUACUGUAACAUAGACAAUGAUCCGGCAGGGACCGGAUGUCAACACAGGGCUCUUAUAGGGGUGAAGUGAGGACUUGAUAACAGAUGGUAUGCUUGAUUGAAGAUGAUGGGCAGGUGUGCAGUGAGACCAAAAGAGAAAGGGGGGAAGGGAAAAAGCAGACAGACAGACAAAACCAAAACCCACCAAGCACACCUCUCACACACUAAAAGGUAGAAAACAACAAAAACACACUCAUUCAAGCUUUAAUACAAGAUAAUAUAAAAUAACAGAAGAUUAUAUAUAUAUAUAUAUAUAUAUAUGUACUACUACGUGUACUAUUAUAGAAUAAUCAUGGUAAUACUAAUAAUAAUUGAUAUGUAACCUAGGACAAGGUGCAGGUGUGUUGCUUGUUUCAAUGUGCAACAUUAAAGCCAAAUAAUGGUCUAAAGAUAUUGUUAUCCAUAUCCAGAAGUCACUAUUGAGAGCUCUGGGGGUUGUCUUAACUUUGUUAAGAUAAAUAAAUAUAAUCCAAAUAUUGAAAUUACUUCCAAGAAAUUACUUCUGUGUUUCCUGUCAACAUUAGGAAUAAACACAAUCAAGACAAAAUAUGGCCGAGGGUAACAGUCCAAAAGGCAGCUCUGGUGACUUUGCUAAAAAAGUCCAAAGACAGCUGAGCAGAAGCAAAGAAAAGGUACUGCAAAAGCUGGGGAAGACAGUGGAGAGCAGAGAUGACCAAUUUGAACACUGUCUCCAACAAUUUAAUGACCAGCAGAGUGAUGGGAACCGAAUGCACAAGGACCUGAGGAUAUACAUUAAUGCAGUUAGAGACAUGCGUGAAGCUUCAAGACGCCUUUCCCAGUCUCUGUUUGAUGCCUAUGAAACAGACUGGGCUGGAGAGGAAGAUUUAGGAGGCAUUGUAGAGGGGGAGGACCUCCUGUGGAAUGACUAUGAGGUGAAGCUAUUAGACCAGGCCAUACGCACCAUGGAGUCCUAUGUGAGCCAAUUCCCAGAUGUGAGGGAGAAAAUAGCAAAGAGGGGAAGAAAACUGGUCGACUACGACUCUUCCCUCCACCACCUGGAGGCACUGCAGACUGCUAAGAAGAGGGAUGAUGUCAAGAUAACCAAGGCAGAAGAAGAGAUGAACGCUGCCAAACGUGUCUAUGAAAGCAUCAACAAUGAGUUAAAAGAAGAGCUGCCUGUGCUCUAUGAAAGCCGUAUUGGAUGCUACAUUUCAGUCUUCUCUGCUGUAUCAAAUUUACGAGAAAUCUUCUAUAAGGAAUUGAGCACGCUCAACCUUGAUCUAUACAGUGUGAUAAAGGAGCUGCAGGCUCAGCACCCGGACAAAGUGUUUGCUGUGAAGGGAAUGCAGCGGUAUGGCUCCCUGAAGAGAAGAACUCUGAUGUCCCCUAAGGCCUGGAAAGCCAGCUUCUCUGAGUUUCACAAGAGCUAUAAUCCUAAUCCUAGCCAGAGAUUCAGUUUCAGGUCCCCAGACAAACCUCGCCACAGCAGUCUGUCUAGAGAGAGCAGCACCCUUGCAGUCUCCCCAAAAUCACCUAUUCUGGAGAGCCCCUCCGCAGAGGCCAGGGACCUGGAUGCAGGAUCGAGCCACAGUGAAAUCCACAGUUCUCCUGAGAAAGAAGACGCUGCAGCGGGGGCGUCUGUAAACGAGCUGAAGUCGGGCGAAGACAGCAAUCAGGUGGAGGCGGAAAAGGCCAUGGAGGAAGAGGAGUCUGAGCCUAAGCCUCCUGCAGAGUCUGAUAAUAAGGGAGACGGUAAAAAGGCUCCACCAAGUGAGAGCAGCUCUGAACUGAACAACUCCUGUGAUUCAGAAAGCUUGGAGCUCCAGCUGUCUGCAGCAGGCGACAGCCCGCUGCACAUUGAAGAAAGAGAAGGCAGCCCGGUACACCUUGACACUUCUAAACCAAAUGGACUGGAGAAAAGUGAGAUGUCUGGGUUUAACUCUGACACUAAGGACCUGAGCAUUCAUUACAAGGAUGUAGUUUUGGCAGAAAAACAGGCAUCAGUGGACUCAAAAAGUACAGUGGUUUAAAGUAUUCAUACUUUAAUGUGAGAGAACAGAAGGGAUUGAAGUCAACAGCUGCACAAGAGAAAAAAUGUGGAGACAGCUGCACUGAAGUGUCCAACUGUGCUGUCAUGAAUGAUGUAUAUGACUUGUUGGUGUUAGUUUUCUUAUUUAUCUGUUAUUGAAAUCCACUGUACAUACAGGUCACAGCCGGGGUAAAGCUUCAUCUGUUAUAUUUUUGUAAAAGCUUAAUUAUCCAUUCAAAAGAGAUACAUUACUGCAGGAUGAUUUUUUUCUAUUUUGAACUGGAUUUUAUCUCACAGAUGCCAUUGUAUUCUGCACCAAACAGUUACAGUUUCAAAUACGAGUUGUUGUUUUAGGUGCCCAAACAUAAUGCAGUAAUAGGUUUACAUUGUUAGAAAACGUUCUUACUAUGUAUGGUCACUGCUGUUUGCAGAUGUACUGCACUGUGAUUUUAAAAGGACCUGAGCUAAACUCCACUCUCCACUGUCUAAAAUACUUGGAAAUGAAUUUUUAAGUAAUUUCUUUUCUUUUUAUUCACUUUUUAAUCAGUUUUGUUGGCAGGGAAUCAGCUGCGAUUCAUUUUUUUAAUUUCAUUUUUCAUUUUAGUUUGAAUUAAAGUCACAAAACUGCAAUCUGUUAAUUCGGUAUGCACUGUGAAGAUCAAUCAUUGCUUAACUAUGAACAGUGAUCUUUUUUUGUAUCACAUUUACAUUAAGAUAAAUAAAUAAAAAUUUUCUUGUGUCAAUA